AUGAAAAAUAAUGUUACAACGUCCUCUUAGUAGCUUUUAAAUUGGAUAAAAAGCUUAAAUGGAUAAAAUUGCAAAUAGGUAUAAUCCUUUUUGGAUUUGAGAAGUGGUAUUGUAUUAGGUGAGAUUGUCUCAGAAAUAUAUUAGUAGAGUCAAAUACUUUAGGAAUUAAAUUAUCAUAAUUUAGUAAAUCCCAAUAACUGUAUUGCUAAUUUGAAUAACAUUAUUUGCGAAAUCAAAUGUUAGUGUAAUAAAAAUGGCGUGCAAUUUCCAACUCAUUUACAAGGGAUUACACCUGCUCAUUUAUACGAGGAAUAAGAGUCUAUUCAAACUUUUUGUGAAUGGUUGUUUUUAUAGAAAAAGCUAAUGUAGAUGAGGAUUAAUGGAACUUUUUAGAAUUAGUAAAAAAACAGUAUCAAAAGACCUCCAAUGUCCAAACAGAAUUAGAUUUAAUAAAAUAAGAAAUUUAACUGCGAAGAUGAUGAUUAAGUUUUGGAUCAAAAUCCUAUUUUGAUGACAUUUCAACCACAUUAAUAAAUUGGAUUUGGCAAGAGUUUAGUUGAAUAGUCUCAUAACUCUAUCUAGCAAUCCAAUUAAAAAGUUUAAUAAACUGAUCAAGAUGAACUUAAUAAUAGACAUUUUUCUUCUAGAAGCAGCGAACCCGAGCUAUUUUAUGCAUCAGACUUAAACUUUGUUCAUGAAAAUAAUCAUUUUGAAAGCUUUAAUGAUGAAUAGUUUAAUAAAUAGAGUACCCUUAAGCAAUCUUUAGAAAAUAGUUACCAAGUCCUACGCCCUUCGUCACCAUAUUAAACAGGCUCUUUUAAAUAAAAAUAAUAAAAUGCAUUUGGUGCUUAAAAAGUAGUUUAAUUUGAUUAAGAUGCUUCUUUUUAAAAAUAAAAUGAAUCUGAUUAAUUUGCAGAUAGUAAAAAAAUGGCUAAUAAUUAUUUUCCUUUUUCUUAGAGUUCAUCUGCUUAAUCGUCAGCCAUUAAAGGCAAGGCAGAAAAAUCAUCUUAGCCUCUUUAGUAAUAAGACUUAGCAAACUCUUUUGAUUCUUCAAAAAAUGUGAUGAAAGUUUCUCAUUACUUGAAUGACACAAAGAACAAUAAAGUAAAUAAUAGUAACUUAUAAGCAAAUUAGCUUAAUGAAGAAUCAUUAAGCAAAAACAAUUAAUCUAUACAAAGUAAAAACAAUCAAUCUAUACAAAGCAAAAAAGGCUAUGAACAGUAAGAAAAUAAUCAAAGGUAAUCAAACCUAUAGUUACCUCCUUAGCCUAACUCUUCAAAGCCUGUAAAAUCUGUAAAACCUAACUAAAAUCAUCAUUAGCACUCAAACUCUUUCAAUCUCCAAUCAAACUAAACAGCCAACACAAGUAUUUAUAGCGUUUAAAGCAGCUCUGCUUAAAAGUGCUCUAAUAUAGAAACAUCUGACAAAAGUAAGAUAUAAAGCUAAAAAAAAGAAGUUUAAAAAAUUAGUGCAAAUUUUUCUGUAAAUUAAUCUUCUGGGUAUCUAAAUGGUUCUUUUGGAGCUGCUCAGGGUGGAAUAAUGAAUUCUCAAUCUAAAGAGAAAUUAAAAAGAGAAAUUGAGUAAUUAGAUUUAAGUAUAAAGGAAGAAUAAAUCAAUACAUAGGGAACUAACAGAAUAAGCAAUAAAGCUAAAUAAUAAGUUUUAUAAUAAUAACCUAAUUAAAAUACAAUUAUUAAUUCAUAAUCUUAAAAUUAAUAAAAUUUUAACAAAAACAUACCUAAUUCUGCAAGCUCCAGACUUUCUUAUUAGAGUAAUAAAAUUACUCAGGAAUAAACAUCAAAUAGAAACGAAAAUAGCAGCUAGUAAUUGUCUAAAAAUAGAUCAAAUUAAAGUCUAGUAGAGCCUACUUAAUAUCCUAAUUUACCUGUGCAAAAACCAUAAAAUCUCAAAAAAUAAUAAGGGAGUUUAGGAGGUAAUUAAUACGUCUCUUCUGGUAGCAAUAAUAGCAAUACUAAUAGCAGAAUGCGUUCUUAUUCACACUAAUAAUCUACUUCUAAUAACAGCGAAUCAGCAGCUAAUUCUGAAAUAUUUUCAUGUAGCAAUAAUAAUAAUAAUAAUUAAAAUGAACAUUAAACUAGCUUAAAUUAAUAGAAUAAAGACAAGGUAAAACCAUUACAAAUAUUUGAAUGUAAUGAUCAACAAAAAGAAAGAUGCCUCAAGUGGCUUUAUGAUAUAUGUUUAAUCAAAAAAGAUAUCAAGGAUAUCAAAGAAAAACUACCUAAAGUAUGUAAGAACGGCGUAAUCUUUUUAGACAUAAUCAAUCGUAUUUAAGGAAAAGGAGAUACUAUAACAGGAAUAAAUAGAAAUACAAAGAACAUGUCGCAAAUCAGAGCUAAUUAUACCAAAUUAUUCUAUUAUUUGAGAAAAUUUGAGAAAAUGAAUCCUAGGUACUUAUUUAAUUCUGAAGAAUAUCUAAUGGAAGGCAAUAGUGACAUAUUUUGGGGACUUCUUGAUGAUAUAUGGCAUCUUUUCCACAGUAAGCAAUCACCUUUUGAUAAAAGAUCUGAAUCCUAUGCUCUUAAAAAUUAGAAGAAUUAGUAAAAAGAAGGAAUUUCAUAAAUAAGCUAACCAGACAAAAUAAAAAAUUAGUAAGACAACUAUAAUUAAAUACUAUUUAAUAAUAGUAAUACUAAGUCAGGAAAUAAAUUAAGCUAGAAUUUUAAUGAGGAUUAAAGCAGUGUAUUUAACGUAAAUAAUAACCCUAGCAGCUGUAGCGCUAGGAUUGUUAAAACUCUUCCUAAUGAUUCUGAAACAGGCUCUCUAUUUAACAAGAAAGUAAAUGGAAUGAAUGAUCUAAGAUAGAAUGAAGGCCAAAACCCUGUUCUGAAGACAUAAGGAAGCUCGAAAAAUAUGAGUAUUAAUGGAGGAGGCUUUAGUUAAAAUUAAUAAAAUGUAUUUACACCUAAAUAUAAAUAGUAAAGAAAUGGAAACAGCUAACAAAGUCCUAUACCUUCUCCAAAGAGUAUUUAGAAUAUGAACUAUGAUAAUUUAAGCUAAAAAGUUGUUCUAACAAGAUAAAAUACAAGUAGCAAUCUUAAUUAAUCUUACACAAGCCAAAGGAAAUCUUUGACAAAUCUGAAUGCGAACAAUUCCUCUUAUAAAAAAUUAAGUAACUACAAAGACAUUCACACACAAAGAUAAACAAAUGCAGUCAUUUAAUUUAAUACUCCGACAAGAAGAUGCUUGAGUAGAAGAACUUCUAGAGAUUUUAUAAUAAAUCAAUCAUAAAGUCCUUCAGUUUCAAGAUAAAGAAUCAAUACAGUUCACACAUUUAAUCAUAAUAGUGUGAAUUACUCCCAUUAAAAUAAUAAUAACAAUUCUUUCUUGAAAUUUAAUAGCUAAAGCAAACUAAAUUAAAAUAAUAAUUCUUUUCAUACUGCAUUUAGUCCAUGCACAAAUAGGACUCCAUCUAAAGGAAUAAAUGGAUUCGGGUUUAAUUAAAAUACUCCAAAAGUAAUUGCUAUUACUCUUGAAAUGGAAAUUCAAACUAAUUAAUUCUUAAAUAAGCUCGGUUUUAAUUAAUAUAUUGUCAAGAAAGAUAAACAUCUCUUUGAAGAUCCUUUAAGAAACGGUACUUUGCUAUGCAAAUUAGUAGAAAAACUGAAUCAAAGAGUUGAUAGGUACUUUGCUAAACCUAAAAAUAUUGAGGAGUGUCGUUUUAACAUAGAGUCUGCUUUGCAGCCUUUAAGAUCUGUGUAAGAGAGUAUAAAUAUUCCUUUCUAUUUAUUAUUUAAGACUGAAGAAAUUUUGAAAGGCGAGCACGAUGCAAUAUGGGGCUUGCUUUAUAAUCUAAUGAAAAACCAAGAAAAUAUAAGGUAAGCUGAUCCUUUAACAUAAGUUAUUGCAGGUGCUAAGAAUGAAAUUUAUCCAGCUAACAAUGGAUACAUAAAUGAAGCAAAUAAAAAUAAGAACAACGAAGUUAAUGAUGAAUAUAAUAAAUCCCUAUUUGGCGGAGCUGAUUAAUAUAGUCCUGUUUCAGUUAAUAGAUAAAAAAAUGAAGAAGAACUUAAUUAAUAUAAAGGUGGACAAAUCGACAUAACUUAAGAUAUUCAUCUUCCUUACUCAGCAGAUUAAAUAUAUAAAUUAGAAGCUAGUUUGAUUAAGUGGAUUAAUUAAAAAUGUGGUAAAUUGUUUACUAGCUUCUAGCCAAUUUAUAAUUCAAUCAGAAAUGGAGUACUGCUUUGCUCUCUAAUUUCAUCCAUAUUAAAUAGAUUAAUAUCUCCAAGUCAUUAAUAGCCAACUUCUGACCAUAAUUGUUUAGCAAAUAUACAAAAAGCUCUUGUACCUUUGAGAAAUAUGAAAAAUAUGGGUUAGAAAUUUUUAUGGAAGGAGAAUUUAAUUUUACAACAAAAUUAAUCAGUUAUUCUUGGAUUAUUAGAAGAUUUGAGAAGAUACAGUGAUGGACUUCCAGCAAGAAAAGGUGAUAAAUAUUUUGAAGAGGGACCUUACUUUGGAUUUUCUUUUAAUAAAGAAAAUCAAUACCCUCCUGCUGCUGCUGCUCCUAGUCAAACGGAUAGAAAUAUGUGCAGCAAUAAUAGCAGCUUUAGGAAUUAAAGAACAGUAGGAGAUUCUGUUACAUUUUGUGAAGAUGCUUUUAAUAUUGGAGGAGAAAGGGUUUAACUAAAUAACGAAAAUAAAUUUCAAUAAAAUUUACUUAGUAAGUUGAAUAACUAAAAGCCUUACAGCUUGUUUAAAGAAAGCUUUGAAGAAAGCAACUUUUCUAGCGAUAGCUUUAAUUAAAAAUUCCCAUAAAAUUAAUUUAUAAAUAGAGCUUAUUAACUCAUAUAAGAAAAUGCAUAAAAUAUAUAAAAUUCCAACAUAAACUAAUAAAUAAACUAAAUUGUUUAAAAAGAACUUAACUAACCUCAGCAAAAACCAAAGGGUCUUCUCGAUAAUUUUUAAUAAAAGCAAAAGCAAAUCCUUGAAGAGCACAAUAACCCCUCUAUAAACAAUAUACAAUAUCCAUAUUAAUAAUAAAACCAAAGUAUUACUCACUCGAACAUUACAUUCUAAAAAUAAUAAAAUUUAUAAUAAGAGUCAGAAAAUCAGUCUCCUUCUUCUUUAAAUAUUUUGAAUUGGCUAAACGAGAUUGGUUUAUAAGAUAUUUCAAAGUCAUUAGAUUUAAAUUCGCCAGUAGUACAAUCCUUUAAAGAUGGGUUGGUAAUAUGUAAAAUCAUAGAAAAACUAGAUUAAACAAGAAUACCUGGUUUGAUUAAUAACCCUAAGACAUCAGCUAGCUGCUUAGUAAAUAUAAGAAAGGCUUUCUUUAUUUUACAAAAGAAGACUGAUUUUGAUCCUAAACUCUUGCUUGAUGAAACACUAGUUUAUGAGGCUAAAAAUCAUUUUGUGGUUAACUUCUUGAAUUAGUUAAAGCAUGCUUUUAAAAAUUAAUACCUUUACCUUAAAAGAUUGAAAAAAAAUGAAUAAAUCAGAGACAUUUCUAUUAAUUUGAAUAAAUGA